GGAUCCUUGCUGAGCUGCCUGCUCCGGGACCGACCCCUGUGGACUCCGGCGGGACCAGUUCCUGAACCUGUCUUAAUCAGGGCAGAGCAGAUGAGGAGCCAAGUCUGAUGCAAAGUGAUAGCCAUUCGCCUGGAAGCCUGGGGAUUGACAAGAGCAAGGGGAACUGGCCCAAACGGACAUCAGGGCUAUGGCAGACCUUUCUGACGAGACGCUGACUGAUGAGGGACAGAGUUCCAGUUCUUUCAGCUCCUCUGGAGGACUGCCGCCCUGGUCCCAUGCCUCUGGGAAUGGAAGGACUAUGCACUUGGAGUAUCGAGACAAACAAUCUGAGCUUUCAGACUACCAAAAUAAUGAAAACAAGUUCAGUAGAAAAUGGAUCAACUAUCACAAGGGCAAAGAAACUAACUCUGGACAAUACCAAUCAGACACUAAACUUCGAACAGAAACCACUCAGGUAUCUGAUGAAGAACUGAAUGCUCUGCAGUCUUUUUGUGCUGUUAAGAUAAACCUGAUCCAUCGCAAAGCAAACUCUAAGGAGAAAAAGAGGAGCAGACACCAAAAGCCACAGCUUAGAUUGGAUGCAGAGGCUUCGGAGAAAGAUACCUUAAACUGUACCGUCCCUGAUGAACUUCUGAACAGAAUCUACCUAAAAAACAUGAGGACAAUACCAAAACAGGUGGCGACAGCUAAGCAACACAUUUCUUCUUGGUGUCCCCAUUGCAACAGAAAAAGAGCAGAACUGGCCCAGUCUGCCUUUCUGCGACAGAAGAAGACUUUACUGGAGUCAUUUCUACUCCAAGAGAAGAUAGACAAACACCUUUACACCAAAGACUUUCUUACCCUUAUUGGAGAUGCACAUCAGGAGGGUUUUCCCAGGCUUUCAGAUGACCCCAGAAUAAUCUGGAAAAGACUGAAUGAGAAAAGUCAGAUCAGAUACUAUGGUUUUGAAAGGUCAGAUGCAGAGCAGAUGUGGCAGAAUGAAAAAAGCGCUUGUCACUCACCUUUUCUCUACUACUUGACCAAGCCACCUACUCUAUCCAAACAGGAGAUAGAGUUUACCAAUGAUAAUGUGUAAUGUGGAUAAAUGUUUCUGUUGUGUAUUUGAAUAAUCAUCAUUUUUACAGGCCCUUAGGAAACCAAUUUAAGACUUAACUUUGCUUCCUUCACAGAUACGUGGACUAAAAUCUCUCCAUCCAGUACUUUUUUUUUUUUUUCAGAUUAUAGAGGGCAACGCUGUAGUUGCUAUACUACAAAAUGUUUACAAAAAUCCAGGAGAGGGAUGUUGGUGGUUUAGACUAGGGUUUGACAAUACAGAUAGAAAGAAGUACAGAGAUAUAAGAGAUACUUAGGAGGUAAUAAUUAACAGUCUUUGGUGAAGAAAUGGACAUGGGAUUUAGUAAAAGGUAAACGUUAAAAAUGUUACUAAGUUUCUGCCUUGUGCACUUGGAUGAAAGAUAUCAUUAAAAGGAACAUUGGAAAAAGAUCUUUUUUGAUGGUAGUGAUUAAGAGUGUGAUUAUUUGAACAUGGUUAGUUUAAGGUAUAUUUAAGACAUUUACAUUGAGAGGUUGGGAAAUGUCUGGUUAUUUGUGCUUGCAGUCUAGAGUAAAGGUCAUACCUAGAGAUUUGAAAUAAAGCGUGGGGUGGAAUCACUGACCUAUAGUUGGAAAUUGAAGUCAAAGAUAUGGUAAACUUUUCAAGAAGAGAGUGGAGUGAGAGAGGAGGGGCUAUGAGCAACUCCUGAGAAAUUCAGCAACUAAUGGCUGGGUGGAAGAGAAUAAGCCAGCAAAGGAAGUUGAGAAUGAUCAUAGAAGCAUAAAGGAAGCCAGAAAUGUGUAGUGUUACAGAGAUCAAAGAAAGAGAACAUUCCAAAAAGGAUGGGCUAAGUAUGCUAAUGCAACAGAACGUUCCUGUGAGAUAAUUUAGUUAUGUGUUGGACUCUGUUGACCUUAGCAACAGCCACUUCCCUUAUGGGUAUUGGCGAGACAAAGUAGAUUGAGGAAUAAAUGUAAGGUAAGAAGAUGAAGACUGUGAAUACACACUACUCUUAGAACUUUAGCUCUGUGGGGAGAAAGGGGGUAGCUGGAGAUAGAUACAGAAUUGAGGGAAGAAUGCUUGCAGAGAGUGCUCUAAAAAGUCAUUUUGUUCAUAAAGAUUUUAUGAAACUCUUCUUGUUCAUCUGAUGAAACAAUAGAGACACUAGAGAAUACCUAGAGAAUGCCAUGGUAUUUUGAAAGUACAUUUAUUGGGAAAAGUUUUAGAUGGCAUUCUGAGAAAUCAUAUCUGUUAUUUCUCUAUAAACAUAUAAAUCCUUAGAAUUAGUGACAGCAUCUGGAGGUCAUUUUUCUACAUGUCUAACACCUAAGCUAUCACGGUCAAAAAUAAAUUUGUAAAAAACAGCACAAAAUAGUUUUUGUAUCAUAUUCCAAUAAUACUCUUUAAGUUUAGACCUUCAUUUAUGU